CAGCGGGCGGGCGGCGGUUCCGGUUCCGGGGGGUGCCCGGUCCGGCGGCAUGGCGCGGAGCACGCUGUCCUCCCGCUUCCGCCGCCUCGACAUCGAUCAGUACGACGAGAACCGGUUCGUGGAGGAGCCCGAGGAGGCGGCUGCGGCCGAACCCGACGCCAGCCCCGAGGUGGAGGCUCUCCUGAGGCAAGGGGACGCGCUGCGAGCCUUCCACACCGCCCUGCGCAGCUCCCCGCUGCACGCCAAGAGCCAGGCUGCCAAGGAGCAGGCCCAGGGAACCAUGCUGAAGGUCCUCACGUCUUUUAAAAGCAGUGAAAUAGAACAAGCGGUGAAUUCCUUAGACAGAAAUGGCGUUGACUUGUUAAUGAAAUACAUUUAUAAAGGAUUUGAAAAGCCGACAGAAAAUAGCAGUGCAAUAUUACUCCAGUGGCAUGAAAAGGCGUUAGCAGUAGGUGGACUAGGUUCCAUAGUAAGAGUUCUUACAGCAAGAAAGACUGUUUAAAAGACUAUUAACUUGAACCCAGACAACGAUCAGGUUUGGACUCAGAAGAAGGAAUUAGCUGAAACAACACUGGUCCAUCUAUAUUAGAGAUUGCAAUCUACUGACAUACUAUGGAAACCUUCUCUUGGAAUGUUUUUAACCUUAAAGCUGGGGGAAGAGUAAAGGUAUUCCUGCUUAUCCUGACUAUCAAAUACAGGAGCCAAGGCAUCCUCCUGAUCCCUUCUUUAAACAGCAGAGAGAUGGCACGCUCCUGCCUCCUGUUACUGAAAGUGAACAGGUAUUUUCAAGAUGCUGCUUUAUUGAGGUGUGGUGAUACAAGAUCCUGUGUACUGCUUAUUUCAGAGGUAGCUGUGUCCUUGGCAGAUGCUUACGGGUGGGAGAAGCGUUAAUGAGCAUGGUGGGUUUGUAGGUGUGGUCAAAGAACUGUUGGACUAUGGGUUGGUUUCAAUGUAAAGUGCCUGCUGCAUCAAUAAAGUUCUUGGAUCACAUGAGUUAA